GAAAACAAAGAGAAGAGAGAGACUAAAACCAGAGGAAUAAGGAAUUGGUGAAAGAAGAAAAAGAAAAGCAUUGAGAAAGUUUCUGAAUAUAGAAGUUGAAAAAUCUCUGACUCACUCUCAGUCUGUAAUUUGUGUAUGCUAGAAAGAGAGUCAUGGGCGAGUCAAGCGACUCAGUUUCCAUUGACAUUGAUAUGAUACCUUUAGGAGGGAAGGAGCACGUGGUGAAAACGAGUAAAGGUUCAAUCUCGGUUUUUGUUUGUGGGGAUCAUGAAAAGCCUGCAUUGAUUACAUACCCGGAUGUUGCUCUCAAUUACAUGUCUUGUUUCCAAGGCCUCUUCUUUUGUCCGGAUGCAGCAUCUUUGCUGCUUCAUAACUUUUGCAUUUACCACAUUGAUGCCCCUGGUCAUGAGUUGGGAGCUGAAGUGAUUUCUUCAGAUGUUCCAUUGCUUAGCGUGGAUGACCUUGCAGACCAGGUUGUUGAAGUGCUUGAUUACUUUGGGUUGAAGGAGGUUAUGUGCGUAGGUGUUACAGCUGGUGCCUACAUUCUCACACUCUUUGCGAUGAAGUACAAAGAACGGGUGCUUGGGUUAAUUCUUGUGUCUCCCAUUUGCAAAGCUCCUUCAUGGGCUGAAUGGCUUUAUAACAAGGUAUUGUUGAACUUGUUAUACUUUUAUGGUAUGUGUGGCGUGUUGAAGGAAUGCCUCCUCCAGCGUUACUUCAGUAAGGAGCUUAGGAAUGGCAUGCAUGGUUCAGAAUCAGGCAUAGUACAAGCUUGCCGAAAGUUACUGGACGAAAGGCAGAGUCUGAAUGUCAUGCGUUUUCUUCAAGCGAUUAACGAGAGGCAUGACCUUACAAAAAGCUUCAAGAACUUGCAGUGUAAGACACUGAUUUUUGUGGGUGAAAGUAGUCCAUUCCAUGCAGAAUCAGUCUAUAUGAGUGCCAAAUUGGAUAGAAAAAGCUGUGGUCUUGUUGAGGUUCAUGCUUGUGGCUCACUGGUCACAGAAGAGCACCCAUAUGCCAUGAUAGUUCCAAUUGAGUUCUUUCUGAUGAGGUUUGGCUACCAUCGGCAACCACAAGUAGCUUCCUCAUCAAGUAAUGGCUCGAAUCCCACCAGCCCCUCAAGCCAUUCAUGCAUAGCACCCGAACUUCUCUCUCCUGAAAGUCUGGGAAUCAAGCUCAAACCCAUUAAAACCCGAGCAGAUAUUGAUAUAUGACAAACAGAAAGAUGCUUAUUUGAGCUACAAGUUGCCAUGGACACAACACAAAAGGAGAGUGGAAUCUCAGCAUUGCACAUAUAUAUAAUAUAAGAUCAGGAUAGUUGUAUAAUUUCUUCAGGGGGUAGAAGGAUAGAAGCAAAAAUUCUUUCAUUGUAUUGGUUGGAUAGGUUCUUGCGGUUAAGAUUUUGACUGGAUUUGGAAUUUUUAUGUUAUUUUAUUUUUUUAUUUAAAAAAAAAAUAAAAAAAAAAAAGAAAAAGUUAGUGUAGGAUAGGUUGAUGAGAAUAUGUUAUAAUUGGAAAUUAGGAAAUUCUUUGAGGGAAGAGGAGGGGUUUCAUUAUGUACUUAUUAUUCAUUUGUACACAUUUCUCUUUACGCUGCAUGCGUUCUGCAGUAAAAUGUACAUGCGGAUUCCAAAUGAAAAAGACCUUCAACCGAAAACGCAGCAAUGAUUUCAAUUUGUCUCAUAUCAAGUAUGUAAUAUUAUAUUAUUAUUAUUAUUGGACUCAAAAACAGAUUGGAAAUGGCAUUUAAUGUAACAUUAUAUUAUUAUUAUUUAUUAUUUUAUAGUUUUUUAAUAA